AUGGCCGAGACAGACGCCAACGUAAAUGUGGAUUAUUUCUCCGACGAUAUGUCUUCGGAUGACGGACACAACGGAUCCGGUUCCCCCUCAAGCCAGGAGCAGUCGAACUUUGGUAAAACUCGCGGCAGCAGGCGAGACAGGAGACAGUCGCAGUUAGAAGCAAAAUGUUUCUCGGAAGCUGAGUUGCAGGACCUUCGAUUGAAAAUCAACAGUCGAGAACGUAGGAGGAUGCACGACUUGAACUCGGCGCUUGACGGACUCCGAGAAGUCAUGCCGUACGCUAAUGGACCUUCAGUGCGAAAACUCUCAAAGAUUGCCACGUUAUUGCUGGCAAAGAACUAUAUAUUGAUGCUGACGAACUCUUUGGACGAGAUGAAAAAGUUGGUGAGUGAUAUCUAUAAAACUCGUAACCAUCCACCCCCACCACUGCCCCCGCAGACAGCUCUACCCACAGUUUCCAUGCCGUCGAUGAGCCUGCCGCCCUGCCCGCCACCUAUGCCAGUAUCCGUCUCCACGGCCGCGCCGACGUUACCUGUUUUCUCUCACCAGCAAGCUCAUACCCACCCGUCCUCGCCGAUGACGCCGAUGGGACACAGGCCAAUGAUCCCCCAGGCGCAGACGUCAAUUUCAUUCCACGGGACCAUGGAGGCUGCAACAAUGGACAAGGGGACGUGA